UUGGAGAGAAGCGGUGUCCGAUAAUGCUCAGCUACGGUUGCGAUAACCAAGGUUUAACUCACAGAAAUGGCUUGGCUCCGUCUCUUCUCUAGAACCCUAAAAUCAGGCAAGCCAAUAGUUCGAUCACUUCCCAAAAUCUCCUCGUCUUCCCCAAAACCAAACCCUAAUUUAACAACCCAACCUUUCUCCACCUCAUUCCUCAUCACCAAAACGCCAGAUAAAUUCAAAAAGAAGCGGAAGAAACCCGAAUCCGCCAGAACCAAACCCGUUCAACACGACUCAACCCGACUCCAACAUUUCGAAUCCCUCGUCACACGCGACGCCCAUUUACGAUUCCUAACCCGAUCCAAAGAAUUCAUCACGAAACAGCCGGAUCGGAUUCUCCGCCUCGACGACGCAGGGAAGCUUUACCGUGAGCUAGGGUUCCCACGCGGCCGUAAGGUGACUCGUUACAUCCCUAAACAUCCUCUUAUCUUUCAGACGUAUCGACACAGCGAUGGGAAGAUGUGGUUAGGGUUUUCCGAUUUCAUGGAGGAUUUGUUAGAGGAAGAGAGAGCUUUAAUGGACUCGAUGGAGCUUGAUAGAGUUAAUCGUGUACGGAAGCUCUUGAUGAUGACGAAAGAUAAACGGAUCUUACUUAGCAAAAUCCAUCACACUAGAUUGCUUUUUGGGAUUCCAGAUGAUUUCAGAGACCGGGUUGGGAAAUACCCGGAUUAUUUCCGGGUUGUGACGGGUCAAGAUGGGAACCGGAUUCUUGAGUUGGUGAAUUGGGACCUGAAUCUUUCGGUGAGUGAGCUUGAAAGAACAUUCAUGGUGGACGAAGAUAAAGCGAGAAGAGCGUUUAAGUUUCCAUUGAAACAUGGUAUAGAACUGGAACUGGAAGAGAAAGAUACGAGGAAGCUGAACCAGUUGAACACUUUACCUUUGGUUUCGCCUUAUUCUGAUGGUUGGAAGCUGGAUGUGUGGACAUUGGAAGCAGAGAAGUACCGUGUAGGGAUCGUGCACGAGUUCUUGAGCUUGACGUUAGAGAAAAGAGCUUCGAUUCAUCACAUUGUGGAAUUCAAAGACGAGUUUAGCUUGACUAGACAGACUUACCAGAUGCUUAAGAAGCAGCCCUCAACCUUUUACUUGGCUGGUACUGAGAUGAACUGGACCGUGUUUUUGAAAGAUGGUUACAACGGGGAUGGUGUUUUGAUCCGUAAAGAUCCGCAGGUUUUGUUUAAUGAAAAGCUGUAUAAGAUUGCAGAUAUGCAGCAGAUGGACAAUGAUUCUCACCCAAUAGAAAGAUAAUCCUUUUAGCCGAAGGACACUUAUAGUCAUUUCUCUAAAACUGAUAUUGGUGGCAUACAAACUAGUGGCUUGAUUCAUGGCAGGUGGAAGCAGUGAGGUGGCCCCUCCUUCAAGCCCUCUGAUAGAUAAACUUACUCAUUUUGCUAUUUGUUAAGUUGAGAUAUACAACGUUGGUUAAAACCUCUGAACGAGUCAUCGAGGUGAUUAGUUGUAUCUUUUACAUUUGCUGGAUUAGUGAAAUCGUUGAGACAAAAGGGGAGACAUUAUGGAUUUUAAUCUUUUCGGACA